AAAUUUUAAAAUUCAAAUAUACGAAUUGCAAAAUAAAACUUUGUUUUUCUUCGUGUCGACUGUCGUUCGUUAAGUAACUAUUUGGAUUUCUCUUGUAAAUUUCACUUUUAGCUACACAAUGGAACCUGUACGGUUUUCAAUAGAAUGUCCGAAUCCCAAUGGUGCUCGUUUAGGUACAAUAAGAAACUUAGCGGGAAAUAUAAAUUGUCAAAUUGAAACACCGGGUUUGAUGUUUUACACGAGAAAUGGAAGCGUACCAAAUGUUUCACGUGAAGUUCUUCAAAUGAUAAUACCCGAAGAAAGAGUUUUGUUCAAUUUUCCAUUACCUACGAUAAUGGAAUUCCAUAAACCAGUUGAAAAACUAAACAAAGGCUUAACAAGUUUUGUCGGCCUGCAGAGCUACUUUUCCUGUUGUUCCGUUAGGGAUUGUGGUGUAGACACUCCCACCGGUUAUAACAAAAAAGAUAAAGUUGCUAUUAUAACAAGAGCGGGGAAGAAAUUAAUCGAUUAUGAAAAGUAUAUGGAAAUUAUGGAAGUUUUCAAACCCGAUAUGUACGUAACUCUGUGUAUUAGUGAUACAAAUCUAGACAGCUCACCUUCGUCGAUUGAAAAAUCAGUUAACUUGUCAAAUAGACUUUUUGAACAAUGUUUUAAAUUGCAUAAACAAUCAGAGAUACUAAAGCGAAGUGGGAUUAUAGCCCCUAUUCAAGGUGGUUAUAAUAUAGAAGAAAGAAUUAGAUCAGCUCAAUUUCUCUCGGGAUUUGACGUGUUAGGAUACAUGUUUGAUGGAUUCGCUAACGAUGGAACUUCGACUGAAUUUAUUCCCAGCGAUGUCGUACAAUCUGUUAUAAAUGAGACAAUAGCUCACCUGCCAAAUGACAAAAUGAGAAUUAUGUUCGGCGCUUGGACUCCUGAUGUUAUUAUUGAUCUAAUAAAUAGUGGAAUGGAUUUGUUUGAUACAACACUGCCUUAUUUAGUGACUGAAAGGGAAUGUGCUCUAGUUUUUGACUAUAAAUUAACUUAUAAGGGCGGCCUUGUCAACAUGGAGGUUUUAAAUAAAGAAAUCUGUCUCGUCAAAGAGAAUAUUGAUAAAGCAUACUAUGAACUUGAUUUAAAAAAUAAAGUGCAUUUCGAAAGUUUUAUACCGUUAAAAGACAAAUGUACGUGUUUGACUUGUAAAAAACAUACCAGAUCGUACAUUCAUCACUUGCUUCUCUCAAAUGAAAUUCAAGGUCCUUUGCUGUUAUCAAUACACAAUCUUCAUUUUUACUUUCAAUUUUUCAAAGAUAUCCGUGAAUUGUUGGGGAAUAAUAAAAAAGAAUAAUCUUGUACAGCUAUUUUAUGUCUAUGUUAUUUUAACAUAAGUAUAAGAUGUAAACUUACUAUUUAAAAUUUUUUUUUAAUCCAACUUUUCUUAUGUAUUUGCACACUACAUAAAUGUAUUA